AGCUCAGUUGUUCACCCGUGGCAGAAAGAGUAAUCUUGGGCCUAAUUGACAAAGCUAAUAAUGAGUGACAGGUGGGAUUCCCCAGGGGCGCCACGCCACGCCCAUCAAUCCCGUCUCCACGCCCACUGCGGACUGUCCUUUUUCGCUAGGCUGGCUGAGUCAAGCGGAGUGCAGGUGAGCUGCGGCGAAAAAAAGUGGAGUCGGCAGCAGGGUAGUGUUGCCAACCCAACAAACGGGAACAACCCCUGGUUAGGCCAUCACAGGGGGCACGGACCCCCCGUGUGCACUGCAGGACCAGCACGUCUUUGGACUGUGGAAGGAAACCCGUGGUGGGCACAGAAAGGACAGGAAAGCAAACUCAAUGCAGGGCGGCCCUGUGAUGUAACCCUGCUCUUCUCACUACCACUGUGCCCCCGAAGCUGUGCUCCCAACUUUACUGGUUCUUUCCUUGAAAUUUGUUUCUCGAGCGCCACAAGCUGGAACUGCAGAAAAACGUUUAGAGUUUUUUUUUUUUUGCUGUUGUUCAUCUCCCAUCUCGAAUAAUGAACAGUGGGCUCUUGGAAAUCUAACGUUUGGCCCCUGACUAUUCUUGCCGGCUACUGAAUUCCACACGGGACAGGUUGUCAAAAUGACGACCUCCGCUCUGCGACGCCAGGUGAAGAACAUCGUUCACAACUAUUCAGAGGCAGAAAUUAAAGUACGGGAGGCCACUUCCAAUGACCCAUGGGGUCCCUCCAGUUCACUGAUGUCCGAGAUUGCUGACCUGACCUUCAAUAUGGUAGCCUUUACGGAAGUGAUGGGCAUGAUUUGGAAACGGCUCAAUGACCAUGGAAAGAACUGGCGCCACGUGUACAAGGCAUUAACUCUGCUCGACUACCUUAUCAAAACGGGCUCCGAUAAGGUGACCCAACAGUGCAAGGAGAACCUCGUCACCAUCCAGACACUCCGGGACUUUCAGUAUAUUGACCGAGAUGGGAAAGACCAGGGCAUCAAUGUGAGAGAGAAGGCCAAGCAGCUUGUGGCGCUCAUCCGGGAUGAAGAACGCCUGAGGCAGGAACGCGGCCAUGCACUGAAGACCAAGGAGCGCAUGUCUACUAUGGCCAUGAGCAUUGGUGGUGGUGGUGGUAGUGGUGGUCAUACCAGCUAUCCGAGUCGGCGUUCCAGCCAGCCCACGAUGUCAUCCCUGUAUGGAGAGGAGUUUGGAAGGUCAAGAGGUUCACCUUCUUCUUACAACUCUUCAUCGUCCUCCCCGCGGUUCAUCUCCGAACUGGAGCAGUCGCGGCCACAGACCACUGGAGAGGAGGAACUCCAGCUGCAGCUGGCUUUGGCGAUGAGCAGAGAGGAGUGUGGGAAGCCGCAGGGGUCUGUCGAAGUGGAUGAAGACACUCAGCUGCAGAUCGCUCUGAGCCUCAGUAAGGAGCAGCACAAGAAGGAGGUAUCGUCAAGGCAGAAGGAUGACCGUCAUUUGCAGAAAGCUCUUGAAGAAAGCCAGCUUGACGGCGGAGAGUCCUCUCUGAUUGAUCUCGUGGACGUUUUUGGGCCUGUAUCCUCGUCCUCCGCUUCAGGAGAUCCUUGGGAUGUCCCAUCUACCAAAGGUCUAGACUUAAUUUCGGACCCCUGGACAAAUUCCCAGAAGGUUUCAUCACCUGCAUUGUCUCUGUCGGCACCAGACCCCUGGGCAAUAGAUGGGGGUGCUAAUGAGAGUUCCUCAAUGGCCAGCUCGUGGCCCGUAUCGAUCCCAGCAGUGCCCACUGCGCCACCUCAAUCCUUGCCUUCCAAAUCCUGGAGUUUCAGUCCGUCCUCCUCUGCCCCCUGGCAUUCUGCUGGAGGUGUCGCCAGCCCUGCGUCAAGUGACCCCUGGAAAUCUCCUGCUCAUCUGCCUGGAGGAUCCAUCAUUGAUCCCUUUGCCAAGCUACCAGAUCUAAAAGAAGAAGGGAAUGACAAAGACGCAGAUUCUGUUCAAUCGGAACAAUAUUUUGAUGAGCCUGGGCCCCUCCGUAGCUUGGACCGGCCUGCCGUGUUUGAAGAGAUGUUGGAUACUGACGUGAGAAACUGUAGAACCCCAGAAUCCUUUCUUGAUCCCAGCGCUGCUUCCCUGGUUAACUUGGAGUCUCUCAUUCCCACUUCAGGGUCAUUGGCCGCAAAGAACAAAAAUCCAUUCCUUUCAGGUUUAGCAGCUCCUUCUGCCUCAAAUCCUUUCCAAAGUGAGCGACCCCGUCUCACCUUGAACCAGAUGAGAACACCGUCCUCGUCUCUUCAGCCAGGCUCCAUGUCUUACAGCGCCUCUCUGCCUCUUCCACUUAGCAGCCUCCCUGCUGCCAUGAUCAUCCCUUCUUCUUUCACUCAGCUUCCAGCUCCAGGGGUAGCAGGUUUCAAUGCCCCGCUCAACUCGAGGGGGGCGCCACUCGUGCCCCUCGGCGGCACUCCCCCUUCCCAACAGAUGCUGGGUGGGUACGGGCAGAAUCCGUUUUUAUGAGGUGCCCCCUCCUCUUGGACAAUCGAUUCUAAGCUAUAAGCGUUUUCAGCUGACAUUUGCCUUCUUUUUAAAGAAUUGCAUUUUUUUGCAAAGCUUUUUAUAAGCAUGAGUUCUGUAGCAAGUGAUGAUGGAUGCCUCCGUUACCAACUAUCCUAUACUGAAGUGAACCUUAGGACAGCCUAGAAUAUAUAUUUUUUAAAAAAAAGAAAAGGCUGGUAUGUGAAUAUUUACGAAGUUUAUUUAUUACAUUUUUAAUCUGCUAAAGGGGAAGCUUUUUUUAAAAUCCUAAAAGACAAGACUUUUUACUAUAAGAGAUUCCGCAGUACCAAAGACCUCAAGUGUGAUAUUUAAUGGGAAAGACUGGACUGUCGGUGAGGUGUGCAGCUUUAUUUUAAGUGUCUGCUUAAAGUACUGAAGACGGCAAUUUCUGUUUUACUUGAAAUGUAUGAGAAAUGGUUGGAGGAUAAUUGAACCCAGGCAUUGCUGUUAAUGCGCAAUGCUAAGAACAUCCUGGCGAGAGUUUUGGUGCCGCUCUCGUUUCAUACACGCCACAGGAUAGCCUUUAAAUGGAAACUGGAGAAACUAAAGUCCAGUGCUGUAGUGAAUCAGUCCGUAUAUCAAACUUUGAGCCCACCAAAGCCGUAUCUGCCAUGAUGUCUGCUCACAUUCAUAGCCACGUACAGAAAUGUGCUUUCACUAAAAUGCUUUUGUACGGAACUGAUAACAAGUGCAAUAAUGUAUAGGUUUUACUGUUAAUAAAUGGCUACUGACCUAUGACUGAUA